ACUUUUUAUCAGAUGCCGGAGCUCCUAACAUAAACCCAAACCCUUCAAAAUCUUAAGAACAACGAUAAAAUCUCGAUCAUUGCUUUCUUAUCCGGUGGAGGAAUACAGUGAAUUUCGGAGAUGGAGCAGCCGAAGAAAGUUGCUGAUAGGUAUCUUAAGCGAGAAGUUCUUGGCCAAGGUACUUACGGAGUCGUCUUCAAGGCUACUGAUACUAAGAAUGGAGAAACUGUAGCGAUCAAGAAAAUAAGACUUGGUAAACAAAAAGAAGGUGUGAAUAUAACAGCUCUCAGAGAAAUCAAACUGCUCAAAGAGCUUAAGCAUCCGCAUAUAAUUGAGUUGAUUGAUGCAUUUCCGCACAAGGAGAACUUGCACCUUGUGUUUGAGUUCAUGGAGACUGACCUCGAAGCAGUGAUUCGAGAUCCUAAUCUCUUUCUUUCCCCCGCUGAUGUCAAAUCUUACCUCCAAAUGACACUAAAAGGUCUUGAAUAUUGCCAUGACAAAUGGGUUUUGCACAGAGAUAUGAAGCCGAACAACUUGUUAAUAGGCCCCAAUGGACAGCUGAAACUUGCGGAUUUUGGUUUAGCUCGUAUAUUUGGUAGCCCAGGUCGUAAAUUCACACACCAGGUCUUUGCUAGAUGGUAUAGAGCACCUGAACUCUUGUUUGGUGCAAAACAAUAUGGUGCUGCAGUUGAUGUUUGGGCUGCUGGCUGCAUUUUUGCUGAACUUCUAUUACGCAGACCAUUUCUUCAGGGAAACAGUGAUAUCGAUCAAUUAAGUAAAAUCUUCGCCACUUUUGGGACCCCAAAGGCAGAUCAGUGGCCAGAUAUGUUAUGCCUUCCUGAUUAUGUAGAGUACCAAUUUGUCUCUGCGCCUUCUCUACGUUCUUUAUUCCCAACAGUUAGUGAGGAUGCUCUAGAUUUAUUGUCAAAGAUGUUCGCUUAUGACCCCAAAUCUAGAAUAUCGAUUCAGCAGGCUCUACAACACAGGUACUUUACAUCUGCACCUUCGCCUACUGAUCCUUUGAAGCUCCCAAGACCAGUUCGCAAGCAUGACGCUAAAUCAUCUGACAGUAAACUCAAAGCCAUUAAAGUAUUAUCCCCUGCUCAUAAGAUGAGAAGAGUUAUGCCUGAUAGGGGAAAGCCUGAUUAUGGUUCCAAGGACAAGAGUGUUGAUGUCAUGAGACAAGCUAGCCAUGAUGGACACGCACCAAUGUCUUUAGAUUUCACGAUCCUUGCCGAGCGGCCACCAAACCGACCAACCAUCACCAGCGCGGAUAGAUCUCAUCUGAAGAGGAAACUCGAUCUCGAGUUCCUAUAGGAUAUAACGAAUAGGCUUUUUCGUCAGGUCUCAGGUUGUUCAUGGUUUUUACUGGUUCACCCAUUCCUUAUAUUUUAGUCAAUUUC